AUGUCGACAUUUGGCCACUACUUUCGCGUGACGACCGCCGGCGAGUCUCACGGCAAGACCGUCUCCUGCAUCAUCGAGAAUUGCCCGCCAGGCCUGUCCCUCACCGAGGCCGAUAUCCAGCCGCAGCUCAACCGCCGGCGCCCGGGCCAGUCGGCCAUCAGCACCCCACGAGACGAGAAGGACCGUGUGACUAUAGGAUCUGGAACCGAGUUUGGGCGCACAUUGGGCACACCCAUACUCCUGACUGUGCCUAACGAGGAUCAACGCCCUCACGACUACGGCUCCAAGACCAUCGACCUCUACCCGCGCCCCUCCCACGCCGACUGGACUUACCUCGAGAAGUAUGGAAUCAAGGCAUCCUCCGGUGGCGGCCGGAGCAGCGCCCGCGAGACCAUUGCCCGAGUCGCCGCCGGCGCUGUAGCCGAGAAGUGGCUGCGCGAGGCCUACGGCGUCGAAAUCGUUGCCUUUGUUUCCUCGGUUGGCAACAUCAAGCUCUUCGAGGACAGGCCUCUAACCGAUAGCGACGAUAUCGACUCCCUUAGCAGCAACCCUAAGUUUCUCGAGCUUGUUGACUCACUCACCCGCGAGAAGGUAGAUGAGUUCCUUCCCGUGCGCUGCCCUGAUACUGCCGUCGCGAAGCGUAUGGAGGAUAAGAUUGCCGAGCUCCGUGAUCAGCACGACUCUACCGGUGGUACCGUAACCUGUAUUAUUCGCGGGUGCCCCUCCGGUCUCGGCGAGCCGUGCUUUGACAAGCUUGAGGCUCUCCUCGCCCACGCUAUCAUGUCUAUUCCUGCUACCAAGGGUUUUGAGAUUGGCUCUGGCUUCCGCGGCGCCGAGAUGCGCGGAUCCCGCCACAACGAUCCCUUCGUUUCUGCCGCAGCCGCCGACGAUGCGACGCCGAGCGCUGGCGCUGGCAUCCCUCCCUCCCGCCUGCAGACCAAGACGAACCACUCCGGCGGUAUCCAGGGCGGCAUCUCCAACGGCAUGCCCAUCUUCUUCCGCGUUGCGUUCAAGCCUCCCGCUACAAUCUCCCAGGACCAGCUUACUGCUCGCUACGACGCUUCGGGUGAGGGCAUCCUGGCCGCCAAGGGCCGUCACGACCCUAAUGUUGCUCCUCGCGCCAUUCCUAUCGUCGAGGCCAUGGCCGCUCUGACUAUUGCUGACGCCCUCAUGGCUCAGCACGCGAGACAGACGGGCGUGAAGAUUGCCGCAGCUGGACGGUAA